AUGUCUGCGUCUAUUUCUCGCUCAUCGUCUCCCACCAGGGCUUCCAUCGAAGGCUUGGGAGACCGAUCAAAGGUUACACCUCAGCAGGUGAUUGAUAAAUUCUGGAAGCAGUUCACCACAAAGAACCCAGGAAAGGCAACAACUGUCAUUCCCUCAAACACGUACACCGAAUUUGCUGCCAAAAGAGGUAACCAGGUCACCACAACAACCUGCCAAGCUUCGUACGAAGACGCCGCAGCAACAUGCCGCGCCAAAGUCGAAAAGAUUGUCAAGGAGUGUCGUCGCAUUAACAAAAAGUACCGCGAUCCUCACUUUGACAUCGAGCAGGAUCUCAAAUGGGGUCAGAAGGACUGUCUUCGGUCUCUCUCCAACAUAGAUGAUUUUGUCCCUGGUGAAGACCUCACACCUGAGAGUGUCAAGCGUGUCGGUGAUAUUUUCGACAAGCCUCGCUUCUACAUCGAUGGUCCUACUGCCAAUGAUAUCCGACAGGGCCGUAAUGGAGAUUGUUGGCUCAUUGCUGCUCUUUGUACCCUGAGUGAGAAGCCGGGUAUGAUUGAGAAGCUCUGUGUUGCCCACGAUCAGGAUGUUGGUGUCUAUGGUUUCGUAUUCUACCGCGAUGGCGAGUGGAUCUCGGAGAUUGUUGACGAUUUUCUCUAUCUGAUUAAGCCCGACUACGACGAGGGCUACCUCGACCGAGUUCUUUUUGACGAUAUCGAGCGAGUUGAUCCAGACGAGGCCUACCGCCGCAUCUAUCAGUCCAACAGCAGCGCCCUCUAUUUUGCACAAUGCGCCCACCCUCAAGAGACUUGGCUGCCUCUCCUUGAAAAAUGCUAUGCCAAGGCUCAUGGUGACUACUGCUCUAUUGAGGGUGGUUUUGGAGGCGAGGGUCUUGAGGAUCUCACUGGAGGUAUCACAUCUGAGCUGGCCACAACUGAUAUCCUCGACAAGGCAGGUACCGAGUAUUUUUGGAAGGAGCAGCUCCUCAAGGUCAACGAUGAAUUCCUGUUCGGAUGUAGCACUGGAAUCUUUGGCGGCGCCUGGGGUGAGCGUAAAGGAAUUGUUGAAGGUCACGCCUACUCUAUCCAAAAGGCUGUAGAAAUCGACGGCAAACGAUUGCUCAAGGUCAAGAACCCCUGGGGUAAACAUGAAUGGACUGGUCCAUGGAGCGAUGGGUCAAAGGAAUGGACCGCCGAAUGGCUUCAAAAGCUCGACCAUCGUUUCGGGGACGACGGAGAUUUCUGGAUCUCAUACGAAGACUUACUUAGAAAGUACCAGGCCUUUGAGAGAACCCGUCUCUUCACCCCUGAGUGGCGGGUCACCCAACUCUGGGCAUCGCUAUCCGUCCCCUGGGCCCUGGACUACCACGACACGCACUUUUCUUUCGCCCUUUCUAACUCGGGUUCUGUUGUGAUUGCCCUGUCCCAGCUCGAUGACCGUUUCUUCCGAGGCCUUGAGGGCCAGUACCGUUUCGAGCUUGGCUUCCGUCUUCACAAGGCUGGCCACUCAGACUACGUCGUUCGCAGUCAGACUCCCUUCCGUAUGACACGUUCCGUCAAUGUCGAGCUCGACCUCGAAGCAGGCGACUACGAAGUCCGCGUCAAGAUCAACGCCACACGCGAUCACGAAAUCCUGCCCAUUGAAAAUGUCAUCAAGAACAACGCCAAGUCACGACGCGAGAAGCUCCUCCGCAUUGGUCUCGCCUACGACCUUGGCCACUGCAAGGGGCGAUUUGUCGAGACGCCCGAGGAGAAGGUUGCUCGACAGGAGCACGAGAAGAAGAUCAAGCAGAAGAAAAGGGACAAAAUCAGGGCCAAGAUUCUCAAGGAUCGCGAGGACAACCAUUAUCUCGUGAAGCAAGAUUUCCAGAGGAGCGAGCAUAAACGACUCAAGAACAAGGAGAGGAGGAAGCUCAAGGAAGCUGCCUUGAAGGCUAAGCGGGAAGCUCGUCAAGCUGAGAAGAAAGCUGCCAGAGCCGAAAAGAUUGCCCAGAGGGCACUGAGGCGUGAGGCCAAGGCUAAGGCCAAGGCAGCAGCAAAGGCAGAGGUGGAAGCAAAGGAGAAAGCAGAAGCCGAGAAAAAGGUCGAAGAGGUAGCUGGAAAGUCCGAGACUGAUGCUCCCAAACCAGAAGAGCCUAUGACUCCUGAGUCUGACAACUCAGAUGAGAAGGAGGUCGCUGAGGAGAAGCCUGCCGAGGACGCCCCCGCUAAACAAUCCAUCGAAGAAGCCAAAGAAUCUAAAUCCGAUUUUGAUUCUGACUCGUCAUCAUCUUCUGAUCAAGACACCGAAGAAGAGGUUGAGACUGACGUUGAAAGCAUCGGCACUCUUCUCGACCUAGCUGACCGAGAGAUUUGGAUCCACGUCGAUAACUUCACUGGUGAAGUCCCAGCGUCAGACUCAGACUCGUCCUCCGACUCCGAAUCCGAAGCCGGUGACGACACCGAAAAAGACCCCUGGAACGCUGUCGUUGUCGUCGGCAUUCGCAUUUUCCACAAGGGUCUGGGCGAGGGUGAAGAGGACGGCGACCUCAACCUCAAAGUGAUCCGACCUAUUCGAUUUGGCAAGGAUGACGAGGAAGUCGAUGUCGAGAAUAAGUGCAGUACCAAGGUCUUGGACGUGGACGAUAGUGCUAAGGACGCUACGCUCGUGGGAGAUACCCAGGAGAAGGUCCGGUUCAUCAAAGGGGACAGUGCAAGGAGAAGAACUGUUACAUCCAUCUUCUGA